UGGCUGAUUCACCAUAUCUUGCUGAUUUUACUAAAAUUCUUUGUUAUGGAUAUAAUCCACCACGAAGGACAACAUUAUCUAGACCUAUAUUAGAUUCAGAAAUUGCAAAUAUUACUUUAAAACUUGAUAAGAUUUUGAAAGAUGCUACGAAUCUUACAUUAUGUGUUGAUAGUUGGGCAUUACCACUUAAACAAAGCUUAUACACUUUUAUUAUUAUGUUUUCUGAUAAACGACAAUAUGUUUAUUCAAUUGAGGAUUACUCAUCAUACUCACAUACUAGCGAUUUAAUGCAGAAAAAAUUAUCAAAGUGUAUUGCACACCAUAUACAAUUAAUUGCUAGUGACAUUGUUAAAAUCAAUUGGGCUAAAAAAGUCUUAAACAAUAUACAAAAGGUUAUUUCAUUUUUUAAGAAUAAUUAUCAAGCAGGUGCAGCUUUACGGAAAGAUAUAAUUGAAAUAUUCAUAGUUGGAGGAAAUCUUAAACCAAUGACCAAAACAAAAUGGUCAACAGCUUGGGAUGCAUGUGAUUCAAUGCUAUGUUUAGAAAAUAGUAUGAAAUUGAUUUUAGAUAAAGAAUCAAGUAUUUUUAAUUCAGCAAAUGAAGUUCGAGCUUUAUUAUGUAGCCGGCAGUUUUGGAUUGAUAUUAAACAAUUGCGUAAUAUAUUAAGCCCAGCAAAAUGUUCUGUAAAAAAUGUUGAAUUUACAUCUACUUCAAUGGCGGAUAUUUUUGUAGAGCUAAUUAAGCUUGCUGCUGCAAUUAAAGAAAUUCCACAAUUUGAUUUUUUACUAAGAGAACAAUUCAAAACAGCAUUAACUCUUUGGAAGCAGUUUGGUGGUGGAGUAACUAGCACUGAAAUUUUGAGAACACAAAUGGGAUUAUACAAAAACUGGGAACCUCCAUUUAAGGAUAAAUUUAUUGAAUCAGUUGAUAAUGUUCGUAACUGGUGGAAUUCCUGUGAAUUGCAAAAAAAUAAAGAUCAUAUUCGUACUUUAGCUCUACGAUUAAAUGCAAUUACACCUCAUAAUGCAGUUUGUGAAUGUGUUUUCUCUAUUCUAAACUGGUAUAUGGGAAAACGUCGUACAAA